CUUAUUUAUGGCUCCACCUGUCAACAUUUCAUAACGACACUAAGAUGCAUUGUUUAUUUACAGAAUAAUUUUGAAAAUUUGGAAGCAAUACAACUAACAGAUUCCAAUAAUGUAUUUGUCAGUAGUAGCCAUUUUGAUUGAUGUUCUAGCUAGACAGUGUGAAUCACAGCAACUCGGACUUGGUAACAUAAUGGCUGGCUCUCCUUCCGGUGGAAUGGCGGAACUAAACAAUAUGAUACCAAGCAAUGUUGUAAACAUGAUAUCAAAUUCACUUCCACAAGAGUACCGACAUAUGGUGCCUGGGUUCAAUCAACCAACUUCCGGUUCGAAUCCUGCAAGCAAUUCAAAUAAUAAUCCCGUGCCAAAUCUUAAAAUUCCUAACUGGUUUCAACAAGGACCAACAAAUUCAAACACAGGAAAUGGUUCACCCGGAAACAUGCAAGGACAUGGCUCACCUGGUCAAUCUGGUCAUUCAACAGGAAAUAUCCCCUCGGGUCAAUCGAAAUGGAACGGUCCCACUGGUCAAUCUUCUGGAAACAGUCCAUCGGGACACACAACAGGAAAUAGUCCAUCGAGUCAAACCCAUGGGAAUAGUCCCUCUGGUCAAACGACAGGAAAUAACCCACAGGGACAAAACAAUGGACCACCAGCUUUUUGGGAACCAGCACCAGGAACUGGCCAAGGUGGAAUUAACACCGGAGCACAAUACAUAAAUACAAUGGGACAAAUGGCAAAAACGUUUGCCCAAGACCUUUUGCAAGCAAUGCACCUACCUAAUUCUGUGAUUUAAAACGAAUACGUACAUAAAGUAUGUGUAAUUUUUUUCAAUUUAUCUGCCUACUAUGAAAUGUUCCUUUUACUUUUGUGUCCUAGAAUUGAAUAUCAAUACAGUAUGUGUAAUUUU